AGGCUUUUUAAUUUUGUAUGGUGGAACCCAUUUCUCCUCUAUAUUUGUAUACCCUGCAAGUAGCACCAUAGCUUAACCCUGCUAGAAAACCCAUGGAUUCUCAACAGGAGCUGAAUCAGCCAAUCCUGAACUCCAUGCACGACCAUCAGCCACCACCCCAACCAGAGUCAGGAGCCAGUACUAGCCACCACUAUGUGGACUCUAGGCUCGAGAAAGUUUUGUCAGACCCCGAGCUCUCAUUUUUCAAGCGUCUCCGUUUGGCCUCAUGGAUUGAACUGAGGCUCAUUUUCAGCCUGGCAGCACCGGCGAUUUUUGUUUACAUGAUCAACAAUGCCAUGUCCUUAUCAACUCGUGUCUUUUGUGGCCAUCUAGGCAAUCUUGAGCUCGCCGCCGCCUCUCUCGGCAACAGCGGCGUCCAACUGUUUGCUUAUGGCCUCAUGCUAGGAAUGGGAAGUGCUGUGGAGACUCUAUGCGGACAAGCUUAUGGAGCCCUCAGAUAUAACAUGUUAGGGGUAUAUCUUCAAAGAUCAACGAUCGUCCUUACUCUAACCGGGAUUCCACUAGCGCUGGCCUACGUCUUCUCCAAGCCGAUCUUGAUCUUACUAGGCGAAUCGGCGAUGGUUGCAUCCGCGUCUGCUGUUUUCGUCUAUGGUUUGAUCCCACAAAUCUUCGCUUACGCUGUGAACUUCCCCAUGCAAAAAUUCCUCCAAGCUCAAAGCAUUGUAAAUCCGAGCGCAUACAUAUCAGCUGCCGCGCUUGGGGUUCACCUCCUGCUCAGUUGGCUGGCAGUGUACAAGCUGGGUCUGGGGUUGAUAGGUGCAUCCCUGGUGCUGAGUCUGUCAUGGUGGAUCAUAGUGGUGGCCCAGAUGGUGUACAUCUUGACCAGUAAAAAGUGCAAGCUCACGUGGUUAGGACUGAGUUUUCAGGCCUUUUCUGGGCUAGUGGACUUCUUCAAAUUAUCGGCUGCUUCCGCCGUGAUGCUGUGCUUGGAGACCUGGUACUUUCAGGUACUGGUCUUGAUCGCUGGUUUGCUGGAGAAUCCCGAGCUUUCAUUGGACUCCCUUUCUAUCUGCAUGUCUAUAUCUGCCUUCCUGUUAAUGGUCUCAGUUGGGUUCAAUGCAGCUGCCAGUGUUAGGGUUAGCAACGAGCUGGGAGCAGGGCAUCCCAAGUCGGUGGCAUUCACUGUUGCCGUUGUGACUUUGGUUUCCUUCAUCAUUUCUGUAGUGGAAGCUGUUGUUGUUCUAGCUCUAAGGCAUGUAAUAAGCUAUGCAUUCACGGAUGGUGAGGCCGUGGCAGAUGCUGUGUCUGACCUAUGCCCGUUCUUGGCUGUCACUCUUAUUCUAAAUGGGAUUCAACCUGUCUUGUCUGGCGUGGCUGUUGGAUGUGGAUGGCAAGCAUUUGUAGCAUAUGUAAACGUGGGAUGCUACUACGUGGUUGGGAUCCCAUUAGGCUGUCUUCUUGGCUUCAAGUUUGGCCUUGGUGCAAAGGGAAUAUGGUCAGGGAUGAUAGGAGGAACAUUGAUGCAGACCAUCGUUUUGUUGUGGGUUACAUUUAGAACAGAUUGGAACAAAGAGGUAGAGACAGCAAGGAAGCGGCUGGACAAAUGGGAAGACAAGAAGGAGCCGCUUCUUAAGAACUGACCAUCACUAUCGAAGAAAUCAUGAAUCUUUGCCUGCAACUGAUGCAUCGAAAAUGGGUUGCAGAUGACAAAAAAAAAAACUUUUCGAAGCCAUGAUCAUCAGGACGACCUGACCGCUGCUGUCGAAUAAAGUUUUGUUCAUACUUUUAUCAAAAUCGUUUUCUACUAUCUGUUCUUGCAAUUGUUCAUGGGCCGUAUAAGCCUUUGAAAACAUGGCUGGCUUGGCUUGGAACUUUGGGAUGAGAGUCUAGUGUUUGUUUCAUCGAUUGAUUUCAUUUUAUAGAAACUAUGUUCCCCAUUGAUUGGUU